AUAUUAGUUUGGAAGAAACAGAAAAAAAAAUAAGGGAAGAAUUAACAGUCGAGGUUUGUGCACUUCUUUCCGAUCGCCUGGAAUAUCUUUGCCAAAUUGCCCAAAUAGAGUAUAGAGAAAUAGGAAUCGAAACUAAUAUUCGAAGUUAUUUUUUUAUAGAAAACUAUGAAUUAGAUGAAUUAGCAGUCAAGGGUAGUGAAAUUGCUAGGAGAAUUAUCGAUAUACGAAGUGGGCAUGAAAGUGAUGCGGUUCAGAAUUCUAUCGGCACUUUAAAAGAAUUGAUUAAUAAAGAGAAGAGUGGAGAUUUAGAGACACUUCACUCGGAUUUGCGGAGGCUUCAAGAUCUAAUUCCGGUCACAGAGGAAGGAAAAACAGUUGCCAACAGGCAAUUAACCUCCGCCGAAAUAGAAGCUUAUAGGCAAAAUAAAAAAACAGCCGAUGAGAAAGAGUUGGAACUGCGCAAAGAAAUUUUCAGAAAAGAAGAGUCAUCUCUAGGAGAGGAAAGGUGA